CAGUUUCUGCUCUUGAACAAAUAAAUAAGCAUUUCAACAUGGACGCCCGCAUGGUGCAUGUGGGUGACGUAGACGGGGAGAUUAAAAAUGGAGUUAAAAAGAAGGUUGGAGUGCUUUACCUUGCAUCUAUACCACCUAUGAUGACAGUUACGAAGUUGAGAGAAUAUUUCAACUCCUACAGUGGUGGCAAAGUUGGAAGAUUGUUUCUACAAGAGAAAAGUAAAAAGAUGAAGAAGCAGAAGGCUGGUCAAAGACUUUACACUGAAGGCUGGGUUGAAAUUCUCAGCAAGAAAACUGCCAAGGAAAUCGCUCACUACAUGAACAAUCAGCCCAUUGGUGGGAGCAAGAAGAGCAAGUGGUUUGACUACAUAUGGAAUAUCAAGUAUCUGCCUGGCUUCAAGUGGGCGCACCUGAACGAGCGGCUGCGGUUCGAGCGCGCCGUGCGCCAGGACCGGCUGCGCACCGAGGUGGCGCUGGCCAAAAAGGAGGCCAACUUCUACCUGGAGAACGUGGAGCGCUCGGAGCGGCAGGCGCAGCGCCGCCAGCGGCUCGAGGCGGCCGGCAAGGAGGCGGCGGCGGCGCCGUCCGGCCGGCCGGGCCUGCCGUUCACCCAGCGCCUCACCACCGCCGAGAUCCUGCGCCAGAAAGGCCUGACCGAGGGCCGCGAGGACCGGCUCGGCGCCAUGCGCGCCGUCGGACUGUUUGGCAACAAGCACGCGCCGCCUGAUGACGAGGAGGGCGAGUGAUGAGUACAAAAUGGUGGGCUGUGGGAGGGGAGGAAGCCGCUAUAUGUGGGGAAGGGGACGUGUGAGGGGGAGGUCAUGUGCGUUUGAAUAUUUACUGUGUGACAUUGGAUAGCGUGAUCUGCGGAAGUGUCAGGACUUUGUUCGUCGUCAUGCUAUUCGAGUACGAGUACGCCCGGCCGUGCGCCCAUGAUUUGUUUCACUUAGUGUUAGCUACUGCCAUGGAGAAAGAACAAUAUUAUGGAUGAAAGUUUGUAUUAUAUUCGGUAUUUCCUUUCGUAUAACGUAAAUGUUUCAUCCAAACUAACAGGAUUCCUCCUGCUUUUACGUAAAAGCAAUAAAGCAUUGCUUUGUCUGUG